AAAAGGGCAAAGGUUGUUGUUUCUCCCAUUGUAAACACUUGGGGAAUAGGGCUUGGAAGUGAGGUUAUGUUUUUGUUUAUGUCCAGCCCCAUGCAAGAUGAGUGGAAAUGCUAAGGACACGAAAGAAAUUAAAUCCUUCCAAGACAAAUUGAAGCAAUACUUCCGCACUAACAAGGGGAAUCAGGGGCACAGAUCGAGGCCGGAUUUUACACUAACUGAAGACAUCGAACGCUUGCUGAGCAGCGAUUCCCCACCUGCAACGCGCAUUCGGGCCAUAAAAGAGUUGUGUGAUGUCGUUGUGGCUAACAAACUUAAAGAUAAAGUCGUCGAGAAGCUUUGGUCGUGCCUGCAGGAUUUGUUUUCGAAGGACCAACCGGAGGAGUUGCGGCACUUGGCCUUUCACUUCCUACAGUGUCUACUGAAGGGGCAAAAUGAACGGCUGUCCCUAAUGCGGGCGCAUUUCUUUCGUGUCGUUAAAAACCACGACCAUCCCGACGAUAUAAUACAAAGAUUUGAGCUGUUCCAGGCAUUGACCAAUUACGGCAAGGACGCGUGCUACUUCGAGGAGGAGGUUGCGCCGUUUCUACUGAAAAUUCUACCCGAAAUCACUAGCGCCGACUUAACUUUGGGUUACUUGAGCGUUAUUACGACUUUUAUUAAAUUUAAUGCCGCUUACAUGGAGAAUUCGAUUUCUCAACUGAUUUUGCAAAUUUCGGCGGUGUGCUUUUCUACUUCCAAAACGGAAGUUGUAAUUGCAUGCAUCGAGGUUUUAGAUACGAUUUUGGCUUACAGUAACUUGCCCUCGGAAAUUUUACCUCAUUUCAUAGCUAUUUUGUGUAGGACUGUUAAUGGGGAGGUCUAUUGUCAGUUGAGCUGGCAGGUAAGUAUCGCCUAUUACACAAUGAGAAAAAUGAAUGUAGUCUGCUGAGUGGAACCCAUGUUA